AUGCACUCUAACACGGAUAUCACCCCUGUGAAAACAGUGCAAUUAUCGUCGUACGCGCAGACGCACGCGUCUAGUAGCGUCAUCAACUUUGGAAUCGGGCAACCUUCCGCAUCUCUAUUGCCCCUGGACAUGUUCCGUGAAGCUGCAGCUACUCGCUUGAUACCGACACAAGACCCUUUUAUGCUACAGUAUGGGUCCGCAAAAGGGUUCAUUGGAUUCCGAGAGGAAAUCGCUCGACUUGUGGCAGGCACCACUUCUACUAAAAUGGUCGACUCGGAGACGCUCAUGGUGACGGCAGGCAACUCACAAGCCAUUUCACACGCGGCCAUGGUGUUCUCCAAGACCAACAAGCGCGUGUUCGUAGAGGAACCGACUUACUUUCUGGCGCACGCUAUUUUUCGAGAGCUCGGCCUCGACUUGGAAGGAAUACGUACGGAAAAGGAAGGGAUUGAUUUGGACGCGUUGGAAGCAAAAUUGGCCUCGGGCGAUAUUCCGGCAUUCUUGUAUAAGAUUCCGUUCUUUCACAACCCGACAGGAGCUGUUAUGUCUGCAGAACGCUGCAAACGUCUUGUGGCUCUUGCGCAAAAGUAUGCAUUCCGUGUCAUUUCAGAUGAGCCGUACAAUCUCCUUUAUCUGAAUGGUGGCGGACUGCCGUCCCUCUCAUCGUUUGACGACUCCGGUAUAGUUGUGUCAUUUGGGAGCUUCUCGAAAAUUUUUGCUCCGGGGCUUCGCCUAGGUUGGGCUCAAAGCAGCAAGGAGACAAUUGAGAAAUUAUCGACAAUUGGUGCCAUUCGUAGUGGCGGCGGUCAGAAUCCUGUCACCGCAGCGCUCGUUCACACCGUGCUAGAGCAGGAUAUGUUGUUACCUCACAUCGACCAUUUGAAAAAUGUCCUCCAGGCCCGCAAAACCGCCAUGUGCUCUUCACUACACAAACACUGCCCAGACGUUAAAUUUAUUGAGCCGUCUGGGGGGUACUUUGUGUGGCUACAGCUUCCUGAUUGGGUGCACACCGAGUUGCUGUUAAAAGUUGCCGAGGCUCGACAUGGUGUGGCCUUCACACCUGGUACGCGGUGCUCGCUGGGAACUUUGUACAACGGCAACGUUGGAGUGCUCACCGGCACAGCCAUGACGCGAUGCGCGCGUCUAUCAUUUUCUUUUUACAGCGAAGAUGAGAUCUGCAUGGGCAUCCAGCGGCUGCAAAGCGCAAUCACCAGCUUGAAAUAG